AUGUUCGGUCCACCGAAAAGCCGCGAUGGCUUCAACAUUGGCAUAGUCUGUGCCCGGCCAUCCCAUUAUAACACCGUGAGCCAUAUCGUUGAUGAGUUCUGGGAUGCAGACAGUUUUGGCAGAUCAAGGAGGGACCCCAAUAUUUACUCGAUCGGCCGUAUUGGAGACCACUCUGUGGUCAUCGUCCUUCUCUCACUAGACGGAAAAGUCAAUUCUGCAGCCGCGGUCGCCAGUCUUCGUGCCAGUUACCCAAGGCUCGAGCUCGUGUUGGUUACUGGUAUAUGUGGCGGUGUUCCUGGUCCUCAUGCUGGCGAAGAGCUGCUUCUAGGUGACGUAGUAAUCAGCAAGGCUCUUGUCCAACAUGAUUUUGGGAGGCAAUAUCCGGACAAGUUUGAGGUUAAGAACAAGCUUGAUGAUUGCUUGGGAAGGCCUGCAAAGAACAUACGCAAUUUUGUCGCUCAGCUUCAAACAAACAGAAUCCGUACCGGAGUGGAAGACAGGGCAUUAGUUCACUUGAAGGCGCUUCAAAGACGCACCAAAGAAACACUCCGAGGUGCAGAUUACCGGUACCCCGGGGCAGACAGCGACCGUCUAUUCCCUCCAACAUAUGUCCACAGACACCAUUCAGGCUGCGAAGAGUGUGUAGAGGGCACUGCCGAAGUUUGCGAUAGGAGUCGCGAGCUUCCAUGCAGUGAAAUGGGAUGCGAUGAUAGAGAAUUGGUUCAGAGACAUCGGCUUGAUGCUCGUCGCAAUUUAGAAAGAGCUGGGGGUAUCGAUGAAGCUCAAGCCCCAUACAUAUUCGUCGGGCAUCUGGGCUCUGGAGAUAUCGUCUUCAAUUCAGGCGAAGAGCGCGACAGACUUGCACAAGCACAUGAUCUCAUCGCGUUCGAGACUGAAGGCGCUGGUCUUUGGGAUGAAUUUCCCUGUAUCGUUGUCAAAGGCGUCUGCAACUACGCGGACAGCCACAAGAACAAGGAAUGGCAGAACUUUGCGGCAGCGACGGCUGCCGCAGUGUCAAAAGCACUCAUUGAAGAGUAUCCCAAGACAGAUGGGCAGGGUGAUGAAGGUCGGGUGGUUAGCGAUGCACCAGUGUUUCAUGCUGUUGUGUCAAAGUGCAAUAUUGUUACCGGUUUUACGUCAAGUGGUGGGACACAGGUCAUCAACUUUGGAUGA